CAAGAGGAAAAGGAAAGACAGAAAAACUGUCGGUGAUUGUACAAAAUUUGUUUCCUCAUACAUAUAGUGUGACAUACUAUUGAAUCUUUUCAAGGUAAGCUGGUUGUGCAAAGUUUGUUUGUUCAUAUAGUGGGUCAUGUACACUUUUGUCCCUAUUUUGUGUUGGCCUUAAUCGUUACCCCCUCAAGAAAAGAAUUUAUACCCGCUAGACAUGAGCCCGAUUUUAAAUAGCAAAAAUUAAAGAUCAGCUCAUUUAAAGGACAAACCCUGCAAUUUAGAUGUGUGAUUCCAAAUCUUUUUCUGUUUUCCUAUUCCUAUUUAAAUAGUCAACGCCAGCCAAUCUUUCAUUCAACAUGCACGAUUAUCUUCAACUACACAAAAAUUAUGUGGUGAACUAGUAAGAAAUGUGUCGGCCAAUAAAGAAAUAGAAAAGAGAAGACUCUUGUCUAGUUUCCAUCGACAAAUUCAAGCUAUUUUAACUGCUCCAUCAUCAAAGGCAAAAGAAGAAGAAAAAUGGAAAAGUCCACAGACUCAAAUCUCCAAAUAGUAAUGUUUCCAUGGCUUGCUUUUGGUCACAUGAUCCCAUUUCUCAACCUCUCCAAUGAACUUGCAAAAAGAGGUCACAAAAUCUCAUUCUUGUUACCAAAAAAUGCAAAAAUUAGACUUCAAAAUCUCAAUCUUUAUCCUAAUCUAAUCACCUUCCAUACACUCACAAUUCCUCAUAUCAAUGGCCUUCCAUAUGGAGCAGAAACUACAGCUGAUGUUCCAAGAUCUUUGGAAAGCUUACUAAUAACAGCUAUGGAUGAAUUGUAUGAUCAAAUCAAAUCUUUUUUACAAAAUUUAAAACCCCAUUUUGUUUUCUUUGAUCUUGCUCAUUGGAUUCCUGAUUUAGUAUUAGAAAUUGGUGGUAUCAAGACUGUGUGUUAUAAAGUUGUUUGCCCUGCUACAUCAGCUAUUUCGUUGAUUCGGUCACCGGAUAAGAGUGUUUUUAUGGCAUCAACUGCAGCUGAAAUAGUAAAGCCACCACCAGGUUACCCUUCUACUGCUGUGGUUUUUCACGAACGUGAAGCUAAGUUGUUAUCAUUUCUAUUUAAUGAAUAUGGCAGAGGAGUGACAAUUUUCGAACGAUUGAAGAAGGGAAUCACACAGUGUGAUGCAAUAGCUUUGAAAACAUGUAGAGAGAUAGAAGGAAUUUUCGGUGACUACAUAGCAACACAAUUCAAAAAGCCAGUCCUCUACACAGGACCUGUUCUUCCCGAGCCUGCAAAAGAGCCUUUAGAAGAACAUCGAUUAUCGAAUUGGCUCGAGAAAUUUGAUCCAGGAUCAGUAGUAUUCUGUGCAUUUGGAACCCAAUUGAUUCUUGAAAAGAAUCAAUUUCAAGAACUUGUUUUAGGCCUUGAAAUGACUGAUCUACCAUUUUUAGUAGUUGUUAAGCCACCUGAAGGGACUAAUUCGGUCGAAGAAGCCUUACCGGAGGGAUUCAAAGAAAGGGUUCAAGAAAAGGGAUUGAUUCUUGAUUGUUGGGUGCCGCAAUUGAAGAUUUUAAGUCAUAAAUCAGUUGGUUGUUUUGUGAGUCACUGUGGGUAUGGAUCAAUGUGGGAGUCUUUGGCAUUGUGUGAUUGUCAAUUGGUACUUUUGCCACGCGCUAAUGACCAAACUUUAAAUGCUAGGCUGAUGGAAAAGGAACUUAAGGUUGGAGUUGAAGUGGAGAAGGAUGAAAAUGGUUGGUUUUCAAAGGAGAGUUUGUGCAAAGCUGUGAAAUGUGUCAUGUAUAAAGAUAGCCAAAUUGGUUGUUUUGUGAAAGAGAAUCAUAGCAAAUGGAAGGAAGUUCUUUCAAGUCCUGGUUUCAUGAGUAACUAUAUUGAUAAUUUCAUUCAGAACUUGCAUGGACUUCUAGUUGAAUAGACCUUGAUUGUCGGGGGCGAUUGAUUGAAAAGGUAGGCUCAACCGACCCUCUUAACCCCCCACCCCCUACCACCUAUGUACUCGUGUUCGUUGCAAGAAACGGAUAAUGUGCAACUUCGAAUUGUCAAUUAUAUUCUUUAUGGAAAUGGCAAACCGAUUUGAGGAAUUCCUAACACAAGUAUUCAAUUAGUUCCGACUUGUUGCUCGAUGGGAGGUCACGAUUGUGGAUGGGCAGAAAAACAGAAGUCGUCCGAAGUUACGAAGGUACGUGUUAGACAUAAUCAAUAGUUUUGAUUCAUACCCCAUUUUCUGCAUAGAUGUAUUGUACUAUAAUAUUGUCAUAAUGACCAUUUCGUGUUGAUUUGAA